GUUUGCUUCAUUUGUUUCUGUCUGACAUAACUACAAUGUCUACAUUUAUACUGAUCGUCAGAAACGGUUAAAUAUUUUUUACUUUUUAUACGAAAUAUCUCGAAAUAAAAACGACUCGAUCGAAUAAUGAACGUUAUCGAAGAUAACUCGGUGCCCGGUGACGAAAAUUGUGUCAAAAAUGACACUAGCCCGGCCGAAAAUCACCGUGAAGUAACCCAAAAUCACAGCGUUGCCGCGUCUACCGAUUCGGAAGUGACGAGGGAGACAAGCAAAAACGUGAGACAUGAAGAAUUGUUGAAAAAUAAUGCAACGCCACAAACCUUUAACAAUAAUGGAAAAGGGUCAGUGGAUGAUAUGGCGGUGCCUGUUAAAGUGGAACGGAAAAAGAAGAAGGAUUUGAGGAGAUGUCAUACUACUUUGUCCGGUAUGGAAACCAGAAGUAGAGGCAAAAUGUUUAGUUGGUUAAACAGAGUACACGAGACCAGGGCCCAAUGCUUCGAGAACGUUGUCGACGGGCUGAAAAGCAUCUACAAGAACAAGAUGUUGCCGCUGGAGCAGCACUAUCUCUUCCACGAGUUCCAUUCGCCGCCAUUGAACGACGCCGAUUUCGACGCCAAGCCAAUGAUACUGUUGGUCGGUCAGUACAGUACCGGGAAGACUACUUUUAUCAGGUACUUGUUGGAGAGGGACUUCCCUGGGAUGAGGAUAGGACCGGAACCUACUACUGACAGAUUCAUAGCUGUGAUGUACUCAGAAAACGAAGGCGUCAUCCCUGGAAAUGCUCUUGUCGUAGAUCCAAAAAAGCAAUUUCGACCUUUGUCUUGUUUCGGUAAUGCUUUUCUCAAUCGGUUCCAGUGCUCUCUAGUCAAAUCUACGGUUUUGAAAGGAAUGUCAAUUAUUGAUACACCCGGUAUACUUUCAGGUGAAAAACAAAGAAUAGAUCGUGGCUACGACUUCACAGGCGUUCUAGAAUGGUUCGCAGAACGAGUAGAUAGAAUCAUCCUUCUAUUCGACGCUCACAAACUGGACAUCUCCGAUGAAUUCCGCCGAUCCAUCGAAGCUCUUCGAGGCCACGACGAUAAGAUCCGGAUAGUCCUCAACAAGGCCGAUAUGAUCGACCACCAGCAGCUGAUGAGAGUCUACGGCGCCCUCAUGUGGUCGUUGGGGAAGGUGCUACAAACUCCGGAAGUCGUUAGGGUGUAUAUAGGUUCGUUUUGGGACGAACCUCUGAGGUACGACGUGAACAGAAGGUUAUUCGAUGAUGAAACCCAAGAUCUCUUCGGCGAUCUACAAAGUUUACCAAAAAAUUCUGCUUUAAGGAAAUUGAACGAUCUCAUUAAGCGCGCUAGGCUAGCCAAAGUGCACGCCUUCAUCAUUUCCGAGAUCAAAAAAGAAAUGCCUGUAUUUGGAAAAGACCACAAAAAAAAGGACGUCAUCAGGAACCUGCAACUGGUCUACGAAAAAAUCCAGAAAGAGCAUCAAAUAUCCAUCGGUGAUUUUCCAGAAAUCAACAAAAUGCAGGAGCAUCUAUCCAAGCAGGACUUCAACAAGUUCCAUUCUUUGAAACCGAAAUUGUUAGAAGUUGUAGACGAGAUGCUGUGCCACGACAUUUCCCUUCUGAUGGCGAUGAUCCCACACGACUGUUCCCCAAACAGUCUGAACGAAGUAAAAGGCGGUGCUUUUACUAACGUGGAAGAUAAAAUUACCCCGUUUGGCUACAGGAGUGGGGAAGGCUGCAAUGCAGGCUUUGGUGAAUCCGAAUGGAUUGUAAACAAAGAAAGAGCUACAUACGACACACUCUUCGAUUCUCUAGGACCCGUGCAAGGGCGGCUGUCCGGAGCCACUGUCAAAGAGGAGUUGGUAAAGAGCAAGCUACCCAACGCUGUCUUGGGGAAGAUUUGGAAGCUUUCUGAUGUGGAUAGAGAUGGGUAUUUGGACAAAGACGAGUUCGCUUUAGCGAUGCAUCUGAUCAGCGUCAAACUUAAGGGGAACGAGAUACCUUUUCAGCUGCCCGACCAUCUAAUUCCACCGAAGAAGAAGGAGAAGCAUACUUGUUGAUAGCGUUCUAGAGCAAGUAAAAUGUCCUGUGAAGUAUGUAUGUAUCUAAUUUGUUUUUUAGAAUGCUGUGGCUCUGUAUGAGGAGUAAUAAGGUAGUGAGUCAAUUUUUCAUAAUAUAUUAAUCCUAUUAGGGUGCUGUUUUAUUUUAAGAUGGAUAUUUUCCUCUAAAAUUAUAAAUCUUAGGUAUAAUACAGUAUAAAGAUAAUAAAAUUAACAUUAUUUCCAUAGUUAUAAUUGACUUUGCAACCUUAUUACUACUUAUACAAAGGUAGUGAUUAUAAAUCUGUAAAAUAGAUGAAAAUAACAAUAUAUUUAUAAAUAAAUAUACUCCAAGCUGGCAAACUUGUAUAAUAUGAUUAUUAAAAAAGUAAUAGUCUAAUU